AUGCCAAACUGUCAUGAGGAGUAUUCUAAAGGGUUGAUCUUAGACCAAUUUCGUAUUGAGGAUAGUGAGUCUGGUAGUGUUAAUGACAGUAAGACUUUGGUAGAUCUUGGGUCUAUGAGACUGGGGGAAGAUGAGAGGGAUGAAGCAUCAGAGGAUGAAGAAGAUAUGACUGGAAUUCAAGAAGAUGAAUCUUUGAGAACUGAUGAUGCAUCUAAAGGUAGUCAAUCCAUGGUUGGUGUUGAGGACCUGUUUGAAGAAGUAAAGGAUAGAUUUUAUGCGAAGUAUGAUGUUUUCAACCGAAAUGCCAAUAUUACUUCAGAAGAGAUUGGUGUGAUUGUUCCUUUCAAACAAUCAAUUGAGGAAUGUGUUUGUUUUGAGCCUAAGCCCGAUAGAUCUCUCUCUUCCCAGAAAAAGCGGUUACUGGAAAAAUCAUCUGAGAUAGUGGGGGGUUAUGGUUUGGGUUUGGGGUAUUCAGAGUUCGUUUUAAAUUCUGAAGUUGUCUUUGUUUUUGCAACUUGUCCUGCUAUCUACUCUGAUGAGUUAGAUCUCUGUAUCUCUAAGUCUUCUCCCAAUUUUGCGCAUGAUAAUCAUCAAGCUGUUUGA